CUCCUCCCCCCCCUUUCUCAUUUAAAACCGACCUGGCGCGUGUCACUCUGUCAGUGAGUGGAGGAAUAAUUUAGAUUUAAGCUCCAACAGCCUCUAAAGCUUCUCUCUCAUUCAGCCACUUGUCUCCGACGCGCCACCAUGACGCACAUCGCUCCUCUUCUCACUGUCAUUUUAACAUCAUCACUCCUGAGCUGGACACAAGCCUCGAUCCUCUGCACCUGGACUAAAGCUCUGCCUAACAAAGAAAUACACUACAGUUUCCUCUGGAGCGACCCCCGGCAGGCCUCUCCAUCCCUGCGGCUCUACCACAGCGCAUGGUCCGGGGAGCGCGCACUGCUCAGCUGCGCGUGGAGCGACGACGCAGCAGUGAUCCAGAACUAUUUCUCUCUGUGCCGCGAGCAAACACACAAGUUCUCCGAUCAUCCAGAUGAAUAUCUCGAUGUGGACUCCAUGUUGGAGGCAGAGGAUCGGUGCGUCUCUGUGGCCUCUCCAGGGGUCGAGGAGCCCCGGGAUCGCGCAGGGAAGAGGGCAGUGAGGAGCGUCGGUGGUCACACCGAGACUGAGGAUCAGCAAGGUCACGCUGAGAGGUCAGAGGUCAGGAGCCAUCAGCGCGUGAAGCGCGGGUUCAUUGUGCCAGGGACUCUCUGGUGCGGCUCUGGCAACAAGGCACCUUCAUAUGAAGAUUUGGGAGUUUUUACAGACACUGACGGCUGCUGCCGUGAACACGACCAGUGCAAACACACCAUCCUGUCCUUUCACUCCGAGUUUGGCGUCUUCAAUAGCAACAUCUUCACCAUGUCUCACUGUGACUGUGACAACAAGUUUCGUAACUGUCUGAUGGAGGCCAACGACAGCAUAGCUGACGUAGUGGGAUACACCUUCUUCAACCUGCUGAAGAUGCACUGCUUUGAGUUCUCCCACAGACUCCAGUGUACACAGAGGAACUGGUUUGGCAUGUGUAAAGAGACUAAAAUGGCUCUCUACGCUGAGGUCCGUCCGCCCACGCUGUACGAGUCUCCCAAUCCAACAGAGGUCAGCAUGAACAGCUCCAUCACAAACACCACCACACCCACAGAGCUACUGGAGAGCAGCAAGUCAGACUCCAUCACUGCCGCAGCAUCCACAGUCCCCACUCCUUUAACCAGUUCCCCAUCUACCUUCCUCACCAUCCCCUCCGUCACCAACGUGACAAACUCCACAGGAUCAGCACCUGAGAGCACAGGCAACCUGGAGAACACGUUACAAACCAAAAAACAAACUGAGCAGGGUGUCACAGAGAAGCAGCUGUCAUGUGCCAUCUACAAAGAUCUGGAUGAGUGCAGAGACAAGAUCCUUCCCCAGCAGAAGAGAUACGGCCUCCACAACCCAGAGGCCAAGACGCUGUACCACUGCAACUGUACCACCAGGUUAUUCCAGACUUUGGCUGAGCAGAGACAACUGACCGAAGUACAGGCUUUCCUGCUGGGAUAUGUGUCUCAGUCGUGUUUCCUGCCACAGGACUGCACAGUGGGAAAUAUCUGUACAGCAGCUCUGGUGAGAGCAGAUCUUCCUCAGCUGGAGCAGAGCAGCAGAGCUGACAUGGAGGAGCAGCGCCAUCUACAGGCCAUCAAACUGAAGGUCAGGAGGCCAAACAACAGGAGAGCCAAGAGGAAAGACAGAGCUGUCAGACUCCACAAACUGUGUCUCAGGAUGGUCCGGCCCAAACUCAGCCAGAACAAGAGCAGGACACACAAGCGGGAUCGGCCAGCUGUAAGAGGAAGAGCGCUCGUCUGAGUGUGAAUACUAUGGAGGCUCAAAGUGGUCAAUAUUACAGAGACUAUUUCAGGUCAUUUUCUUUUUGUUCCAGCACUUUCUAUGUCAGAUUUUCCCUCCUUCAAAAUCUGUUUUUAUCUCACAACAUCUUUUUUUUCCAAAGGACAAUAUGUUCAAAUAGAAAACCCAAAAACAAACUUAAGAUUAUAAAUUAAAUAAACAUAAACUGCUGGGUUAUCAUAAAAAACACCAGCAAUAAACUCAGUGAAAAGAGUCAUAAUAAUGAGCUGAGUUUUAAAACAUCUUGAAACAUGUCUUUAUCUGCAUGUAUUUUUUGAUGUAAUAGUGACCACUUUGGGUCCCCAUUAAAAACUGUAGUACUCUGUAUCCCAGAGAUGGGGGCUCGAGUCACAUGACUUGGACAUGAGUCAGACUUGAGUCACAAAUUUGAUGACUUUAGACUUAAAUUCACAAAAAAGGACUUGCAACUUGACUUGGACUUUAACACCAAUGACUCGUGACCUCACUUGCACUUGAGCCUUUUGACUUACAAAUACACGAUACCCUCUCCUAAGCCCCAAAGAUGAAAAAGCAUGUUCAUUUCUGGAAUUAAUUAAAUAACAUGAACACUAUUCGGUCCGACAUUAUCCAGUCAAGUUGCAGGAGAGAACUGUGAAGAACUUUCGUUACAUAACUGAAGGCCUGUAGGAAAACAUUAUACCAAAGAUAAUUUCAUUCACGUCCAAAAACUAGUCGGUGGUCAACAGAAAACAAAUUGCAGUUUGCAAAGCAUGCGGGUUUAAAGUUACUGAUGGAGAUGCAACGACUUCCAACUAACUACAACUUUUAUAAAACAAUCGUUUUGUAUUAUAACUCCGUAAUUGAAAUAGUAUGACGUUUGGUAAGGCGUGCGUAACUCAAAGUUUAUGACUUAGGACUUGACUCCGGGCUUGUCUGUCUUGACUUGGGACUUGUGAACAAAAACUUGAGAGUUAAUUGUGAUUUGCAAAACAACGACUUGGUCCCACUUCUGGUUUAUAGAGUUCCCCAGGGAUUCCUGAGGACUCAUUCCUGGGAUGCUCUAUUCAUAUUGUCUACAUCAGAAAUGUAGUGGAACUCAGUUUUGACCAAAUUAUUAUCCAUAUUUUUUGGAUAAAGACAAAAGGAAACUUUUCCUGAAGUAUAACAAACCCUUUUCACAGCAGAUGUUUUGACGAGUCAUAGAAGCAACAGCACAGGUAUGACAGGCAUCGUUAAAGUAAUUAGUUACGCCUGUGCUUCCACAUUAGCAUGGCUCUAGUGAUGGUCGUUGGCCUGUCUGUCCAGACUGAAAUAUUUACAAUUGGAUUGAUUGUCAUGAUAUUUAAUCCAGACAAUCAUGUUCCACUUACGAUAAACUGUAACAAAUUUAGUCCCUUAAAUUUCAAAAUGUCUGCCUUGACAAGGGUCUAUUGAGUUUGAUAUUGGUGGCACUUUUCUCUGAGAUAAUGACUGACAGGAGGUAAUUUACCUGCGUUUUAAUGCACCUCUGCAUCAGUAGUCUCCGCUCUGAUUAAACCCUACGAGUCACUGUUAUUGAGGUUUCAGUAAUCAGUGUGGAUGUAAAUAUUUGUGUUGUAUCAGUUGUAGAUAGUUACGAAUUAUGGUAUUAGCUCAGCUGAGUUAAAAUAAAUAAAUGUAAAUAUCUGUAUAUAAUGUGAAAUAUUUGGUUUAUGACGUGAGAAGGAAUGACUGAUUACAUUUAAAGGAAUAGUUUGACAUUUUGGGAUUUUGGUUUCUUGCUGAGAGUGAGAUGAUCAGGAUUAUGUCUGAUGUCUGUAUGGUAAAUGUAAAGCUAGCCGGUUAGCCUAGCUUAGCAUAAAGACUGUAAAAAAUCAAACCACCAGCCCAGCUUGAAAACAGCAAAUUGUUGUUUUUACUCUGUUUUUAUGUACGGAUUAUGUUGAUGUCUGUACAGAAUCCAUCCAGUUAGCCUAGCUUAGCAUAAAGACAAGGCCAAACAUCAAUCCUGGCUUGUAAGACAGCAAAUUUGUUGUUUUUACCCUGUUUUUAUGUACAGAUUAUGUCUGAUGUCUGUAUGAUAAAUGUUAAGCUAUCAGGUUAGCCUAGCUUAGCAUAAAGACUGUAAAUGAGCAAACCACUGCCAGCCCAGCUUGUAAAACAGAAAAAUGUUGUUUUUACCCACCGGUUUUUGUAUGAAUUAUGUCUGACAUCUGUAUAGGUAAUAUGAAUCCACCCAGUUAGCCUAGUUUAGCAUAAAUACUGUAAACAAGACCAAACAUCAACACUGGCUUGUGAAAUUUGUUGUUUUUACUCUUUGUUUUGGAUUAUGUCUAAUGUCUAUAUGUCAAAUAUAAAAAA